CAUUCGGAUAUUCAUCUCUUUUCUUUGCUCAAAACCAUAGAGAUCAUUGGAUCUUUUUCAAAAAGAGAGCAUUGGUGGAGAAUAAGGUCGUUGGACAGGUACGGUUUUCGGUGGAUCACGAAAGGAUACAAUUAGACGAGUCUUUUUUUCAGACAUUUUGAUCGUGGUGUUUAUUCCAUCGAAUCACAUCUAGAGACGAUUUUGUCAGAGGGUCGUCUAGGGCAAUCAAAUUCUCAAGAUUGCCUGUCUCCCUUUUAUUCUGUCACAACGUCAUUCGGCAUACACACAAUCCCUCGAAGGCACGCCUGCGGGCGUAAGCCGUGCAUAUAAUCAAUAGCGAUGGAAGAUCAGGAAGCGUCAAAGGCAUCUUCCAGCGGGGACAGACAGACAGGCAAGGACCUACUUCCGGGGAUACGAAUAAAGGGCGAUGGAGAAGCAGCGCAAUCAUCUCCCAAUCCUUCCAUACCUGGAAGUCCUUCGCAACCUGCUCUGUUUUCGCAUCCUUCUCCAACAUCCUCUGUGUCAUCCUCCUCUUCAACUUCCUCCACGCGACCAUCUCAUUCUCGUUCAAGGUCUGUGAAUCUAAGUCCAACACUGCAUGCAGGAACGUCUUUCUCACCCGGUGCGAUUCGUUGGGAUCCUUAUGGUGCGGAUUCAGCUUUGAGGAAUGCAGUCACUGCACAUCAAUCAUCAACUGGCAACGCCGGGCAUGCGUCUUCAUCAAAUAUCCCUUCAGCAAAUCAACUCCAUCCCAUUCAAAAUCCUCAUCAACACAUGUCAUCCUUCUCACCUUCCAACUUCUCAAAUCCCGCCAGUUCGCCAAAGCUAAGACCUACAUCACCCAUCUACGUCAACGUUCAUGCGCCUAGUCCGACUGGCUCAUCUGCUCCUGUAGACAUUGCAGGGAGAUCGCCUUUAUACAACGUAGCAACGAGUGAAGGUGGAAGUAGCAAUGGCAGCAGUGGAAGUUUGAAUAGCGAUCACGCAAUCAGUACAUCUCCCGAAACACGUCGUCCUUCUCACCUAAUUGCACGAGCGAUGGAAAAGUCAUCAAGUGCGGGUAGUUCUGGCUUUAGCCCGCGAAGUCCAAGAUCACCGCAUCGCAGUGAUUAUUCCAGAAGAACGCAAUCUCCUUCUCGUGCCUAUGCAAUCCCAAUGUCACCUAGAUUACAAGCAUUAGGAUCAAGCGGACACGUUCGUCGAUUGUCGGGUAAUGGUACGGAACCAAUUGCCAGAAUACCUUCGCCUUCAUUCGUUAGCUCACAGCUUGGAAGAUCGCCUUCGAGAGGAGAGAGUGGCUUACAUAUUGCGAUGGGUGGUAAUGAAGCUGGCUCGCCUUCCUCGCCAAGGAUUAAUCCCGAUCCUGAACUACCGGUAGAUUCUGUUUGGCCUUCUACACAGCAUCAUGAGCAAGCUUUACCAGUGACAGCAAGUGGAUUGGAAGCUAUUCCAUUAGAUGCUGGAUCGACAUACUCGACACCCAUCCCACCUUCUUUGCGAGACGAAGUGGCUGCCCAUAGCUCUGCAGGUGGAAUGACAGCCAUCCCGAUUCCUGUACCAUCUAGUCCUGGAAGGCGAUCUCCUUUGGUAGACUGGCAUGCUGGUGUACGAAUGCAAAGGACGCCUUCCCCAUUGAAUUGGGGCACGACAGGAAGUCAUCAACCAACAGGCCGUAGAGGAAGUCAUUCUUCGAGCAGCAACGUUUCUGCUCAUUAUUCAUCCUCUCCACUUCGUUCAAGUUCACCUCGACUAGCUGCUCCACAACCGAUCGCUUCAAAUUCAUUGAAUCUUGCUAAUGCAGCAAUGCAUCGUCACAGCAGGGCACUGUCUAAUUCUUCCGUUUCUUCCAAUGAUUCCGACGUUGAUGCACGAGACAUGGCUAUACCUCAACAACGCUCGCACGAUGAGCAGUCUCCGACACAUAAGGCUGUCUCCCAACCACGAACCACAUCGGCAAAAGUAGAUGCACAAAUUGUACAUGCUGAAGUUGGAGCAUCUGCUGAUCACAAUGAUGAAGCCGAUCAAAGGGAGUCAAUCGGCAUCGCAAAUCAGCAGAAUAAUCUCGACAGACGAAAUAUGAUCAUACCACCACCGCGUCAUUCCAGUUCACCACAAGAAAGAAUACGAUUCUUGGAACGUAGAUCAUCGUUUGAACUACAUUCGCCUUCCUUCGCAUCUAGAACACUUUUGCCACCACGUGAAGAAUACAGUUACCUAAAUGGGAUUCCCAUUCGGGCGCAAAGUCCUGCUCAUAUGGCCUCUUCACCUUCUGGCUCGGCGUCUUCAACAGCUAGCGAAAGCCCUCCAAAAGUACGCAGCUUUAUCGGAAUGCCGCCGAGGUCAGGAUACGAAUUGAGUGACGAUCCUGAUGAUGUCGGAUCAGAAGAUGGGUCUGUAGGCAGCGGAAGAGAUAGCGUAGGAACAAAUGAAGAUCGUGAUGAAGAGGAAGAAGAUGAAGGUGAAGACGAAAAGGAUGGAAAACAGGAUGCAGACCUAGAAGGGGCGGUAGGUGAAAUGGAUGAGGAUAGUUUUCCUCAAAGUCAGACGCAAGCGCAUGGUAGUGCACCCAAACGGCCUCCGCUCUCACCUGGCACUGUUGUAGUACCAGACCCGAUGACCGUUCAACCAGCCAAUGCGGUCACUAGAUAUUGGGGCGAACACGGAGAUCAAGAGAGUCAACAAAGUGUUCCAACAGACAUCGAUAUCGAAGCUGGAGAAGAAGACGAUCAACAAGAUGACAAUUUUGACCAAGUGGAUGAAAAUGAUCCGUUACAAGAAGAAGGCUUAACCACGCUUGAAAGAAUCUUCUUGUUUGCCAAAAGUGAAAUGACUUAUCAUCGUAUCUUGGUUUCGCAUUCACUUGCUGAUUGGAUCUUGGAGGUGGAAUUGAAUGAAGCCGUUGAAUUUGUCAUUCCACUCUUGAAUGGCUUGGCAUGCGAUGUAAAUGAAGUCUGCUCCUCUUUUGCCCCGCAGUUGCACAGACUCAUGUGGUACUUUUUCCGAAAUUGUCCACUUGCAGAAGAUACCAAAAAUACGAUUGAACCAGCUUCAACGGACGCUGACGGGUUUCCGGUAGAAAACGAUGAGAGGGCUACACGACCAAGACUUUCAAUUUCGACCUUUACACCAUUACUCUGUGCUUUGUUGCUCAAUUCGAACGCUACAAUUGCCAACUCAACCCAAACUGCGAUCGUCUUCUUUUGUGCACGUUUACAAGGUUUUGGUUUGGCAGGCGAUACCUUCGAAUUGGACGAAGAAGAUACUCGUGUUCAACAACCUCACAUUGGUGCAGAUCCCAGUGUACAGAGUAGGCAACCGUUUGAUGCUAAUACCACCUUGGUAAGAGAUGCGGCUGCACGAGAGGAUAAGCGAAUCUUGUUGGAGGAUUACGAAUUCGGAGCAGAGCAAAGAGAGAUGAUUAUGAACGAAUUGUUAGAGCAGGUAGCGGUGGCUAUUGGACAUUUGAGCAGCGAUAAAAGUGAAAGAGCAACCGGCUCAGUCAAUCACGAUCAGCCUAACGAAGCAGUAUACCAUGACGGAGAAGACCAUGCCGCAUCUGCGCAAUCGAUAAAAGAAGAGCAUUCUGAUCAACAGAUGGAUCACGUUGAUGGUGCAUCUGGAGAGAAUCAAGCAGUGACGAAUACUGCGACCGAUACAGGCGCAGAAAACGUCGAGUCAAAGCCAAGAGAGCUCGCUCAAGAAGCACAAGAUGAUCAGCGUGAAACAGAGAUGGAACAUGACUCAGAUACACUUGAGCCGAAAUUCGACGAGCAGCAAGACUUCUCACAAAAUCAAGCAGACGAAGAAAUGAUGACGUGGGCUUCUUCUGAUGAUAUCGAAGAUGGUUUAGGCGAUACUGCUAUGGCUUCUGUUGAUGGCGCAUCUAUCACGAUGAGCAUAGAAGAGGAAGUUGCAGUAGGAAGAAUGGCUUCCAUAAGUCUAUUGGCCGCUAUAGGAACAGAAAAUUUGAUCGGAAAGGAUUUCAUGAUUAACAGAGUCAUUCCGGAACUCAUUGCUUCUGCCGGGGAUCGCACAUUCUUUGUCCGUAAAGAAGCAGCAGUGGCUGUCGGUAUUCUUGCACGUGCAAUCGGUCAUGAUCAUAUUCGAGAACAAAACAUUCUUGGCGUAUUUUCACAAUUAUGUCAAGAUACAAUCUGGCAUGUUCGUCAAGCCGCUUGUUUGUCAGCGCCAAAUCUGUUUGCUCAAGUUGUGGAUCGAUUCGAACGUAGGAAAGAAUUGAUGGAGGUCAUGAGUGGAUUCGUGAAUGAUGUCAGUAGAAACGUUCGUGUAGCAGCUCUUGACAUCAUUGGAGAGGUAAUUUACCUAUUCCACGACGAUCCUGAAGGAGUUCCGGAGCACCUAGUCAGACACUUCUUAGGACAACCUUGGGAUGGCAAAGACGAAAACGUUGCAGAGGCAACACAUUCGAACACAGCAUCAAAAGACAUAGGAAACGAUCAGCAAAACGAUCGUUUAGCAGGUACCAUCUCGGAAGACAUUGAAAUCGAUUCCACCAAUGUGAACACUUGGACUCACAGCAGUGAUAGCAGCGAUUCCAUGUCAUCUGGCGCUUGGAGAUACAAUGAUGCCUUUGGCGGUGCACAACCAGGAGAGCUGUCAUUUGAUGGACUCAAUUCUGAUCCUGAUCGUCCAUUGGUUAUGGCAUACAAUCUACCUGCCGUUGCUUUGACUUUGGGUGCCGACAAGUGGCAUGUAUUGCGUGAAGUACAUAGCCAAUUGAGCAAUCAUGCGUCUUCCAAAGUUCGUAGGUCAUUGGCUGCCAGUCUUCAUGAGAUUGCCAAAAUUGUUGGUUUAGAUGCUGCAUCAAAGGAUUUAUUACCUUUUGUUUCGCACUUUUUGGAUCCCAAGUUCGAACAAGAUGGUGAGGUAAAGAUGGCCUUGUUGGAGAACAUUGAUGUGACAUUGUGCCACAUGCACGUAGAAAGCGGUUUGGAAGCUAUGAAGGUGAUUCAAGAUCUGUGGAACGAUACAGAGAUCUUUGGAACAGGAGCAAGAUUUCCAAAUCAUUGGCGAAUGCGUGAAAAGGUAAUUUCAAAGAUACCUGCCCUCGCCUCAAAAUUCCUUCUAGAAGAUGAUCAAGGCAUUCUCGUCAUGUUGAUGCAAUCUGCUCUAAUGGACUCGGUCAGCGCUGUACGGAUGAAAGGUGUAAGCACAGUCAGUGGCCUUUAUCAUCUUUUCGCAGAGCAAGAUCAGGUCUUAGCAGAUGGCUUUUUGGGAAUGCUAGUAGAUGUUUCCGAUUCAGAUGAUGCCGGUUAUAGAGCCCGUGUUGCAACUCUGCAAAGUAUCGCACAACUUUGUCAAAGUCAAAUUCAACGUUCUUCCAUCGAAAUGUUGGCAAUGCCUAGAUUAUUGGAAUUGAGCAAAGAUGAAAUCGUGGAUGUUCGUCUUGCUUUGGCAUCUUUGAUCCAGUUAAUGUGUUCUUCUGAUCAACUAUACGCCUUACCUCAAUCAAGAUCCGAUCGAUUGAUAAGAAUCUUGCGCAGGCUUGGAAAUGAUGAAUCUGGUCUGGUACGGGAAACGAUUGAAAGUGUUGUUGGGUCGGACUAUAUCACUGAACUGGGUCCCGUCUCACCAUUGGAACCGAGACCUGCUCGAGAGUUGAUUUUGGGUCCUAUCGAGGGUGGACCGCACAAGCCGCUAUCUUCAUUCAUGGAUGGGAUGAAUAUGACACCACACGAGAGCAGAGGUGAUGAUUUCGAUACAGGCGAGCAGACAUUCUCGAUGGACGACGAUGAAGACGAGCGGGACGAGGACGAAAUGCAAGAAGGAGCCGAAGAAAGUCAAGGUGAUGGUCAAGAUAAUAGUAGACCUGGAGCUCUCAACCGAAAUGAUAUUGCUGAUGCAGAUGGCAAAGGGGAGAGAAGACCAGCUCCUUCGCUUGCUAAUAGCACAUUGGCCAGGCGUCGUAUUGCCAAUCAGAUUCACCCUUCUAUGAAUGGAACGAAUGGCUGGAACAAUGCUGGAAACAAUCAUGGCCAUGGCAUGUCUAUGAGUGAUGAAGGGGAUGAGGAUAUGAUCGUCAUACCAAGCGAUGAGAAUGCACUGCUUCUUUCCGCUCAUCUACCUUCUGAUCAUCUUUCUGGUCCUUUGACGAGUGCAAUCUUGGAUGAAGAUGACGGAGAAGAUGAAUCGCCACAUCAUUUGCUUAGCGUUGCGGAUAAGAGCACUCCGGUGAAACAAGGUAACAAUACAUAUGGCAGUCUAAAACGAUUGGAUGCUCUUCGCACGCAAGACGAUUUGACUAGCAAUGAUCCAUCAUUUUCACUCGAAUCACCUGAAAGAGCAUUCCAUCAUGCGAAAGAAGCAUCCAAUAAUUCUACUGGAGAAGACCCUACAACAGGUUCCACAAAGGAUCCUUUCUUAGCCUUUGUAGCAGGCCAACAUUUUGUGGAUCAUCAAAACACCAACGGUACUCCAGCUGAAACUAAAGCCGUGCAUCGUCGAAGCACUCCAGACGUACCCCUUUCGCCUUCUCAACAAAGGUCAGCAUUCGAUGAUGAUGAUGACGAUGAAUAUGUAGAAGAAGAUGAAGAGGAGGAAUAAUGCGGAAAUUUUGCACACAUCUUUUGCAUUCUUUUGUUCGUUGCUUUUUUUUGAAAAACGAUCAUAAUCUUGUACUUGUACCAUACAAUUUAAUAGUACAUUAGCUGUAAUAUUGCAAAUCGAUAAUCGCUAUGAAAC